AUGGGGCCGGGGUCGGGGCCGGGGCCGGGACGCCGGGUGCGCAGCGAGUACAUGAAGCGGUUCCAGGACCCGCCGUGGGAGGCCUGCGGGCCCCGCUACCGGGAGCUGCUCCGCUACCGGCGGGCCCGGAGGAUGCUGGAGCAGGCCCACUGGCCCUGGCUCGGGGACCAGGACCGGCCCGCAGACUCUCUGGAACCGGGUGAGCGAGGCCAGUCUGAGGAACAAGCCGAGAAGAAUGAAGUCAACAAGCAGAUGGGUCCCAGGGAUGCCCCGCGCCGCCCCAGUGCCUUGCCCGACCGAGGGGACCAGAAGCCUCCGGGCAGCCCCCAGAGAGCCGCCAGAGUCAGAGAGAACAAGCACCCGUUCGCUCUGUACGGCUGGGGAGAAAAGCAGACUGACACGGGGGCUCAGAAAACACACAACGUCUGCGCUUCGGCCUCGACCCGCGAGAUUCAUGCUUCGGCAAUCCGAGCCAAGAACCGAAAUCAGGCGGAGAAGAGGAAAAUGGGCAACGAGCGACAGCGAAACCCUGCGGAGGAUGGGGAGAAGCCCAGGAGGGCGAAGCCGCCGUCGGCCGAGAGCCCCUGGGUGACCGAGUACAUGCGCUGCUACUCUGCUCGAGUGCGGUGAAGGGCCGAGACCGGGGCCAGCCUUGCGGGUCUUUCGGGGGCUCCGCAGGGUCGCCCAGGGUCAGGCGGUCCCGGGUCAGGUGGUCCAGGGGCAGGUGGGCCAGGGUCAGGUCGCUCGGCCUAGUUCCGACUCGCUGGUUCGGCCGGCCCAGGCUGUGCGCUUGAGGCUGCUCGGGAGGGCUGCCCCGAACCUCGGCGGCUUGGCCUGCCGAGGUGAGACACGGCCGUCGGGUGGCCUUUUGGGGUGGCCUUCGGGGACCCCGCGGAGGCAAGCUGGCGUCGGGUCAUCGGCGAUUCUUACGUAGGCCGGAUCCUGGCGGGGACCGUUCCCUGCCCCUCGGCGGGAGCUGCGUCUGUGGUGUGCCAGAGGUACUGUGAUGGGGAAAACGGCCUUUCGGUCCUUUACUGCUCUCAGUCUUGCGCGCUGCUUGGCUUGGGGGGUGGGCAUUGUGCCCUGCGCUGCGCGGUCAAGAGUGGGGCAGUGUCCACCUGUGCGGGAGGGGCAUUGUCUGCGGCGUGGCAUGACUGGUGGGGGGCGGCCGAGACCGGGCACGCGGCAUGAGUCAGGCUGCACGGCCCACGCUUCCUAAUCCAGACACGGCCGUGGCCACGAGUGGCUGCCCGGCCCCAAGAAAGCAGUGCCGAGGGUCCCGUCUGGAGUCCGUGUCCCGGGCUUUGGCCAGCCCCCUUUCCUGCUGGGGUCGGAGUCACUUCAGGCCACCUCAAGUGUGCCUCUGGGUCCCUUGGACCCCCGAGGCUUUCUCGGAAGACGGGUUGGUUCCAGGCCUGAGGGAAAGUGGGAAAGGGAUGCCGUUGCAAGCCCCCCCUCCUUGGCCCUGACCAAACCCCAAUCCAGCUUGGUGCCCUGCAGGCACACAUUUUCCUACUUUCAAUUUGAUGUGACCAAUGUUUCUUGUACAGAGCAGAAUGAGAGAGAGAGAGUGUGUGUGUGUUGUGUGCAUGUGUACACACAAGCGAGUACAAUCUUCCUAAAUUUAAUAAUUUGGGGAUUUCCCCCUCCCACAUGAAGGAUAUUUGGGAGGAAGAGCCAGACAGAAACCCCCUUGUCCUCAGGGCCCACCUGCAGCGGGGGCCGGCCCAGCGGCCAGGGCCACCGGCUCUGCUGCAGGAGGGAGGGGGCCGCCGGCCGAGGAGCGCCCGGGGCUGAGCUGGUGGGUCCGAAAAGGAAAAUCUCUCCAUCUCAGGCCCUCGGGGGAGAUGGUCGGCGCCGGCUUCCAGAAGAAGGGUUUCAGGAACUGAGGCCCAAAGUUAGCCCAGUCCCACGGGGCUCGCCCUGUGGACGGUUUGGAACGUAAUCACUAUUGCACAGCGUGGCACAAUCGGGUAGUGGGAAACCUUUGACUUCACCGCUCUUCCUAGGGACAGAGAAUGUCAAGGGUAGGCCGUUGGAUGGGGUUUCUUUGUAGUGACUGUGACCUAGCUCACAUGGAGGGAGGUAGGAAACCCCGGGAACACCCAAGGUCCCAGCCGGGGCCAGACACCAGCAAUGGAGGCCUACAGUGGCACAGCUGUCUCCUCAAAGCGGGUCCCGCUGGGUUCGGGGAUGUUUCUCUGUUCCUGUGUCUUUGAGCACUGUGGUCACUUUAAAUGUUGGGUGGGUGGGGUGGGGAGGGGAGGGGGAGUCUUAAACUGACCACUGCCAUUUCAGUCAGGUUUUUUACCCAACAGUCUGGGGUGUUUUUCUUAACCUUCUGUAUCUUAAUGUGCUGUGACCAAACCUACAAUGUGAAUAAAAUAGCUGAAAGCCAAA